UUGUUUUGAUUUUCGAGGUGAACAUGCCGCUUCAUCAAUCAAAAGUGGGAAAGUUACAAGUUUCUUUUGAUGAUAAUUGUCAACAUUUAAGAAGAAGAAGAAUGAUACUAUAGCUACUAAAAUAGCCCUUUUCUAAGGCCGAUCAUUCAUUGAUUUGGCAGUAGCAGUACUUAGGCUACUUCUAGCCUAGGCUAGUACAGUAGCACUAGGCUAGGUAGAACUCCUAGUGCAAUAUAUAGUCGCCGCAACAAGAGGUCUCACUUGACUUGGUCCAGCAUCUCGGAGUUGCUGCUGCUGUCUAGGCCUAGGAAAGAUUGGUGUCUAGUCCUAUGAUGGAUUUGAAAGAGGCAUUUGAAGACAAUAGUUCAAAUGCAAGAACAUUUGAGGAUCUUUUAGAAUGGCGCCACCAGUGCAGAGACACACAGUUGUCCGAAAAUAAGACAAGCUUGAAAGAUGCAGUGUUACGGUUGAUUGAUCACCAUCAGGAUGUGGAUCAACUCUUUAAAGAGUUAAAUGAAGUUCAACAGGUUAGAACAUUUGGUGCUAGCAGUUCUCAACUUACUGAUGCGAGCUAUAACCACAGAGUUGAUCAGCUGAAUGUUGAAAUGUUUGUAAGUACCCUGCAGGCUCAUGCUCAGUUGACAUCAACACCUGUGGAUGUCUUAGCAGCGCUAGCCUAUGCGAAGAACCUUCAAGCCAUCAUAGGAGAGGCAGACGAAAACACUCACCUUUUAACUGACGCCCAGCAGCAUCAAGUGCAGAUGGUGUUGAAUGGAAUUCAGAAACUGAAUAAAAUACAUGCAUUCAGCAAUUCUCAUUUCAUCAAGAAAAUUAAUACAAAAUCAUUUUUUCCUGUAGAGUUAGUUUGGAUUCUGCACAGAGAAUCGAUCAUGCCAAUCAGCAAGUUCAUCACAAACAAUUUGGGAAGACAGAAUGUGUUUGCUGCCCUCAUGCGGUGCAUAGUUUCAAUUGGUUUGCACAUCCCUGCUGAGCAGGAAAAGGCAGCAAGAAGCAAAGAAAUUGUACAAGGAUUUGUUGCAUUUUUUGUUGCCCAUGGUUACCCUGUAGGCAAUGAAGAAUCAGAAGAUUACGCUAAACGUGCCAUACAAAAGGCAUCAGUGCUUUUACUGGACACCAUUAUGAGCGACUUUUUGAAGAAAGGAGCUGAAUCGAGCAACGCCAACCACUUGAACCUGUUGGAAUUGAUAAGACAAGAUAGAAUGGUUAGCCAGGAGUCCAGCGUCAAGUUCUUCAAACACCAGCUAAUCCUACAGUUGACGUCUACUACAGAUAUCAUUGUCUCUCAAGCCAUUUUGGAACAACAUUUUUGGACAUUUGCCAAGACUGCAAGUCAUGUGACUGCAACAUAUCGUGAACUUCUGUUAUCCUUCAAGGAGGAAGAGAUAGCAGGCAUGAUUCAGAGAUUGUUAGAACACGAAGAGGUGAAUUGGCAAGCCCUCCUUAGCUUCAUCUCAACAUUCCUUGUUGUUUGUCCCAGUGCCCCAGCUUUGAUCAAAGGUUUGAUCCACAACUUUCUAUCAACAGCUGUUGAGGAGCUGGACCAAGACUUCCUCAUUAUCGCUUUGCUUCUUGCCAGACAGGCAUCCUCUGAAGGACCUCAGAUCUUUCUGCCGUACCCACAGUGGUUUAAGGAAACUUUUGGUGAAGGUAAUGCAUACAUCACAUCAAAGAAAUCCUUCACAUUUCUGAUGAAAAUCCUGACUUCACUUGUUCCAUUUGAACCAAGUCAUAUCAUCAAGGCUCAUAUUCAGAAAUCACCGCAUGCCAUCGGGAAGUGUCAGGAGCUUGUGUGUGACUACAUUUUACUGGGUAAAACAAGGCUUGCAGAUCUGAAGGAACCUUUGGAACCAGAAGGGAUCUUUGUACAGGGUCAAUCAAGUGAUGGAUCAAAAAUGAAAGUGCUUCAAGAACAAGCAGAAUCAGACAUUGAGCAAGCAAUAGCAGCAUUUGAAGUGACCAAUCAGGUUCCACUUAGCAUCAUUGAAGCAAGUAUUUUCAAAUACCCCUAUUUUAUGGGCCGAUUUCUACCAGUGCUACUUAAACCAAGAAUGUUACCUGAUGUUCCCGAUUCCAGGAUGAAAUUGAUUGAAAGUCUUAAAAACCUUGGUAAGAUUCCAGUAAGAAUGAUAGAGAAAUACAAAGAGGCCUGUCAAAAAGAACUCAACUCUCUUUUAGAAGGAAUUGAUAUGGAAGAUGAUGAUUGUGACAUGCUUGAGCCUAUGGAUGCCCUUAAGAAGAGUAUGGACAACCUUGUCAAGGCUGUCACAGGUUUACAACCAAAGACAGAAAGUUUAAACCAUCAGCUUGCAGUUAUAUCAGACAGACUUCAGACAGUUUUUUGCGAUGAAAUCAGGCCGGCUGACCUUUCAACUAAAGAUGAACUCUUGAACCUUGACAUGCAAUCACCUUCACUCACACCACUACAAGUGGAGGUGACAGAAGUAAUUUUAAAUGGUUUUUGCCGGGCUUGUCUUGAGAAUGAAAAGGUCAUUGUUCAUUGGGCUGACAACUUUGUUUCAAUGCUUAGUCAAUUUCAACUUGUUCUGAAGUCACUGAUGUUAAGGCUGUGUACAUUACUUUUACAUCAGGGACCACAGCUGGAGCAAUCACAUCGUCAUUGUCUUUCCAUCCUCCUGGUUCAUCUUUAUAGAAAACAAGAUGUUGUUCCCAUGGUAACCAUAACAGGGCAUGGGAUAAGAAAUGAGACUAGCUGUGGCCCAUUUCUCCAAAUUGUAGCCAAAUUACUCUGCAAUGACACAGGCGAUAAGAUGAAAUUUGUGCUUCAAUUAUCUACAGCAGUCAUCAUGUAUUCAUUGCAUCUUAAUGAAUCAAAUAAUUUGUCAGCACAAAUAAUUCCAGAAAUUUUGGUUGAAAAGUUUUUAUAUCUGGUACCAAGGCUGCACCCAGAUGCGAGAUAUGCAGCUUCUCAUGAAUUGAAUGAGUCUUCAGAUGCAUCUGUAAAAUUAUAUUUAUCACCGAAGUUCAAUGAACUUUGUGAGGUGCGUUCGUUGAAGCUAUCGUUGAACCAGUGGAUAUGCAAUGAGAUUCUUGUACAGCCUCAUCUGGAUCUCAUCACAUUUCUUGAAAGAAAAGAAUACCACAGGUGGAUGGUAACUGAAAAGUGUUAUCCUGAAUAUGCCGAUUACAUGGAAGUAUGUUCGGUGCUUUUCAAGGAACUUGUAGAAUACAGUAAAACCAUUGGACUUCAGUCAGGACUGUAUGUCCAUAAUGGAUGUCUCCACCAUCUUGAGCAGCAAUCCCUGAAUGCAACCAAUGAAAAUGGCAGCCAAGGAGAAAUGCUGCAGCUGCUACAGGAGAUGACUCAGUCGACUUACUUGAGAGGGUCUACAGAUGAUAGGAUGAAUGUUGAGAAAGGCAGUUGGAUGAUGGAUACAAUUCAGAAGAUAUUAGCUGUUGGAGAAAAAGAGGACAAAGCUCUUGAAACUGCCUGUAUUGUGAACAUUAUUACUAGCCUACCAGCUCACUUACUGGUGUCCAAUACUCCUGGAGAUCGCUCAGCUGCUGUCCACACCUUGAAUCAUCUGAUAAGCUUUAUCAACACCAACUUAAGACAAAACCUUAUGGAGACCAUCUAUUCUCUACCUCCACAUGUGACAUCCUAUUUUGCAAGGAUGCUUGGUUAUUUGGGUUCAUCUUAUAUCCAUCAACUGAAGACAGCCUGUCCCCUUUUAAUCUCUUCUUUGUUGGUACAUAUAAAGAAACUGAUUUCAAGUUUUUCCAGAGUGUCGAAGAGUAAUUCCACAUCACAGCUAUUUAAGGAUUUAACUUCCUUAAAAGCUCACGCUGAAGAAUUAAUGACCAGUUCACGCCCUCUACAGUUUUCUGCAACACAGAAUGCAGAUGUAUGGUUUAUCAGUGUAGCAUUGUUCACAUUUCCGAAAGAAAAGCUAUGCUCUUAUUUACAAAGACUUGCAAAAUCCAAAACGGUUUUAGAAUUCCUAUUUGAAUUAGUAAUUGCAGAUGUGGCACAUUCCAUUCUCAUUGGAAGGGAGGUCUCAGUGAAUCUUCAGCUUGCACAGAAUAUUCUAGAAAUUAGUCCUGAAAGUCAGAUUAUCCUAACAAAAAAUUCACUUCUGAAGUCUAGUGUUGCUCCUCAAACUGUUAUACAAAUGAUGCCACUAGCCUUAUUCAGAGUUUAUUUGGGAGUGUCUGCAGCAAUGAGGGUUGAUUAUGUCAAUAAGCCAGGUGUUCUUCAAACUCUACUCAUUCAACAUCAACAGUUAGUGAACCUAUACACCAGAGUCAGCCAUGAUCAUCCAAGAACAGCUUUAAAGUCUGACAAUGAAGUAAGAUAUAUGAUUAUAUUUAAAUAUAUGUUAAGAAAUGUUAAAAAAUAAAUGUUUAACACAAUAAUGAAAAUAUCAGUAUGAUAAUGGUGAAGCCAUGUUUUAAUACAAAACUAAAGUAUAAAUACAGAUCCUUAUAGAGCAAUUGUCAAUGGAAGAAGUUCACAUUGUGAAUGAAAGCUUAAGAUUCUAAUAGAACACUAUUCUAGUAUGACAAUAUGAAUGAAAAUACAGUAUGAUAAUGGUGAAGCCAGAUUUUAAUACAAAGCAAUAGUAUAAAUACAGAUCCUCAAUAGAGUAACUGUCAAUGGAAGAAGUAGACAUUGUGUUAAGAUUUUAAUACAACACUAUUUUAUUAUGACAAUAUUUUAUACAGA